AUGGGGAAAAUGGGUACAAGGAAUAGUCGAUCCAUGCGUGAAGGUAAGUCCCACGUUUUGGCGGGAAAAAAUGUCGAAAUUGAUCGAAAAAUGUGAUAUGUUUGAAAAGGGUUUUUAUACUAUAUUUGAAAUCCAAGUAGUUGUUAUUAAAAUAAGUUUGCAGCAGUUUCGGUUCAAUUUGAUUGAAUAAUUCAACGUUUAUAACGCGAUAUCGUUUCCUCGAAGGAUUGUUGAUUAUUUCCCGUAUUUUUUAGGUUUAUGUUUUAAAGUUUAGUGCAGUUAUAUGACAUACAAUAUGAGUAUUUGUAUUGCUAACGGUUCAUUGUUUACUUCACACAAGCUCAUAUACACUUGGCUUAAAAUUAUAUGUAUUUAAACUUUAUAUAGAGUAAAAAAGUUAUUCAUUUCGUUUUUUAUUGUAUAAACGCACCAGUUUUGACAAAAUGAGCGACAUUGCUUCGAAUUGGAACAUAUCGCUACGUUUUCAAAUUUGUUUAAUAUACAGUGAAGCUUGAGUUUAAUAAAAUAAACCUGUUGUCAAUGCCAAUAGCUUUGCAGUGUGUAUAUAUACAAUUAUAUAAGCAUACAAAGAUCGAUGUGGUUAGUUAAAGCUGGCCUGUUUUCCGCUUUUAAUAACCGUCGAAACAUAUUCUAUUUUGUGUCAAUGUCAUGAAUUCUGCUCUAGUACUCCCAAAACAAUAAAUUCUCGGCUAUAUAAAGAAUUAUAAGCUUGGGCGCUUACCACAUGCACAUACCGCGUAAACGGUGUUCUUGACGUUUUAUGUUGCAAGUUGACUACUUGUGACACAAUUUAUCCGAUAGUCUAUACUAUAGCUGUGUUUUGUUGCAUUGUUUAUACUCGCAAGGAAAAACAAAACUCUAGAGUCUCGCGGUCAGACUAGAGUAAGACUUGAUGAGAGUUGCAUUGUUCCAGGGAUAUUUCAAGCUCUAGGUUAACAAAACAGUAAAGAUUUGAUGAGUGUUCCAACUAUGUUUUGACUUACAUAAAAUCCAUGAUAGUGUUUGGAAAGCGUUGAGAACAGUUAACCAAGAUGCAGUGACUGCCAACUCUCAUACUCGCUUGAUCCGAGCUUAAGAGUCGCGUCACAUCGAGCAAUUUUAGUUGUAGCUUUACAUUUGUACGUGACAUUUAGUAUAAUUGUACACAAAUUAGAAAAGUAUGAUUUCAUGUACACAAAUUAAACUCCUAUAUACGAGGCGUCAAUAAUACUGGCUGCACAUGAAGACGCAAGACAUGCAUUGUUUGGAAUGUUCCAGUUUCUCCUAAUUACAGGGGUGUUGGUUCAUUACGGCACAUUAGAGCAUGUUUCUUCCAUCUCUGUGAUUGGAGCUUGUUGGAAUUGAAUUUUGCCUCAGCAUCAGAGGAGUGCUUCUAGUACCAAAUGUCCCGGCGGAUCUCGACGUACUCUGGUAAAACACUGGAUAAAUAGGGGUAUCAUUUGUUCUACAGAGAACAGAUUAGACAAUGAUAAUUGGAGUAGAAGUCUAUUAUAGAUAACCAGCUUGGAUUAUAACGUAGAAAAAACCUGCAAUUAUCCAAUAUAUACAACCACUCGCGAAUAUACGCGAGCCAAAUCAGUUUCCAAAUUUACAAGACAUAUGAUGCAUAUAAAUAUAUUCGCAUGUAUGCUCUGCUGUAAUUAUUCAGUUUUUCAUUCUUAUUUAUCUCUUUCGAUUCAUUUCGUAUAUUUUUAUUUCAGUUCAUCUUUUGGCUAUUUUGGUAUUAUAUAUAACAGUUGAAAAAUCGGAGUGGGCUUGAACGUAAAUUAAUCAGCCAUGCAUACACGCCCACAUGCACUCAAACGUUUUUUCAUGGCGUUUCAUUCCGCCGUUAUUCAUUUUUCAUUCUUAUUCAAUUCUCAUGUUUUUUUAUUUCAAUUUUGAAAUCUUUUCUCAACCGUGCACACUCCAUAUGCAAAUAUCUUGAUUGUAAAUGUGAAAUUUUAUUAAAAAUGGCUUGACGCACGGAUGUUCCAAGCAGACUUGCAUAUUUCGCAAUAAUGAUUAAAACAACAAAACAAAAUUAAUUCAAUGCCAUAUGCAAUCACUUAACCCCCUGUGUAUAUUAUAACACAAACAUUUGAGAAAUAAGGUUGGCAUGCCCAGCUUGGCGCGUUGACCUUGUUUGAUGGACGAGAAAAGUUCACUUUUUUGUGUUUGAGAAUCUCCCUUUGACAAAUUCAACCUUUGGACUUAUAGGGGACAGUUAUUCAAUGCUGGAUUAGCGCUAACCCUGGGUUAGAAUAUAACCUGUUGUUUUAGUUUGUAUAUUUCUGAUUGUUCGGUUGUUUCAAAACUUUUCAUCCAGAUACGAUUUCUGGAAAAAGUUAAGUCCAAGUUUAUAGUCAGAAAGAUUGCUUUAAAUUAGCUUAAUAGUCGUGGCUUUCGAACAACGGCCGGAGUAUAUUAUCGUUUGCCAAUUUUCCUUUGACAAUUUUCUCGCUUAUACACUUAUUGAACGUCUAUAUAUGGAAAAAGUAAUUUAUGGCAAACUUUUAUAAUUAAUAAAAUAUAAUUUUAAUUAUAUAAAAGUUUACCCUAUAGUGAAAUUUCCAAUAUUACGAAAUAGGGAGUGGAAGAUAAAGGUUCCAUUUCUAAAUGAACAAGCUUUCGUUCGUAGGGAUGCAACUCUCUGAAAAAUAUAAGGAGAAUUUCGACGUUUUGAGUGAAGGCCCUUCGUAACUCCAGACUCUUCGUCUGCAAUUACGAAGGGCCUUCACUCAAAACGUCGAAAUUCUCCUUAUAUUUUUCAGGUAGUUGCAUCUCUACCAACGAAAGGUUGUUCAUAUUAUUGGUACUACAUGCAUAUACAGUUCAAGAUGUUAUUUUUAAAGCGGGUUUCAGUUGAGAUAGUUCUACUUUGAACGGGAAGUAUACGAGAAGGUGUUUGUAGAAUUUGAUCCCAAAUGUUCCUUAAAAUGCGCAAGAACAAUGGAAAAUUUGACCUUUACCUGACUGUAUUUAUGUUAGAUGUCUCAGAGGACAGGUAUUAAGAAAGUAUGAUAUAAUAAUUCUUUAAUUAAGAUUCUUCCAUACUGUAUGUAUGAAAUACUGAAAAUGUCACUCAAUCUUCUCGCAAGGCAAACGUUCGCGAGAUCUCACUUUUCCCAGGUGUGCGUAGCCACAUAUGUAAAUGCAUCAACCAAUGUCUCACGAACGCCUCUAAAAUUUAGUCCUUCAAACCGUGAGAAAUACUCUUGUAUUUUACUAGCAGCUUCUGUCGACGGUGAAGGCCCAGAUGUAGACAUCGAGUCACCAAGAUCUCCGAGCGAUAACUGUUUGUCAAGUUGUGAAAACAGUCUAGAUGAACGUGGUUCAAACAAAGGCUCACUUCUCCGGAUUAUUCGAGGUAUUUGUUAUGUUAGGAGGCCACAGCCUGUCAUGUCUACAAAAUAUAAAAUCCAAUUGUAUUGAGGUUUUAAUGUUGCACCUUUUUCUCGUUUUAUCUUCCCAUUUCUAACUACCUUAUCUUGUAUUUUUUCUUCUGAUCUUAUCUUACUUUCCCCCUUUAUUUACAACCUUACCUUGCGUUACUUUACCUUUUCUUACCUUGUCUUACCGUACCUUCCUUACCGUACUGUAUCUUGCUUGACUUGCCUUACUUUAAUCCCGCAUGACCUUAAGUACAUGGAAAACGAAAUCUAACAAACCCAUUCUCGUACCGUCUUGUUUUUAAAGAUCAUCUUUGUUCUACAGGUCGAAAAUCGAGAAAAAAGUCUCAUGGAAGUGAUGGAAUGAUGUCUGAUGGUAAGAAAUUUCCAAACGUCAUGAAUAACCAUGUAAAUGGAAAGCGUUUUGCGUGGCUAUAACCAUUUCUUCAUUGAGAUGAUCUCUUCAUUGUUUAGAAUGCUCCUUGGAAUCUUCAUUUAAUUGUUCAUCAGAACAAAGCGAGGGAAUUGAAGGAUUGUUGUUGAAGACAAAAUUUACCAGGGCUGAACUGCAGAGAAUGUAUAGAGGUUUCAAGAAUGUAAGUUUUUUGUAAUAUUCAGUCUGCAAUACUGACGGCGAUACAUACAUGUACAGAUGUACUGUAUUUUAAUUCUUUUUUUCGCUUUUGUUUAGGAUUGCCCUGAAGGCUUUGCGGAUAAGGAAGCAUUCAAGAAGAUAUAUGCUCAAUUUUUUCCUCACGGAGGUACGAAACACUACUCUCAUCUCAAGUGUCAGCCCCUGUCUCUACACUCCUUACAGUUAGCCUAAUAUUUUAUUUUGAGAUCUUUUGCCACAGAAGAAUUAUCCUUUGUUGAUUAUCCCGAUCUUGUAGCUAUAUUGCUAUAAAGAAGUAAUAUUCACUGUUACCUCAUUAAAACUGUUUCAUUCAUUUCAGAAUCUGGCGAGUAUGCUGGUCUUGUUUUCAAUGCAUUUGACUUAAACAGAAGAGGAAAACUUUCGUACGAGGUAGGCAAAUAGACCCUGAGAUUAAGCUAAUUCGAAGUCACUAUCAUUCGAGGGAGUAUACUAUAGUCCUAAGCUCUUGAGCACAUGAAAAAAAGGCACAAAUGCAAGUCGUCUGUUAUAAGGCCUUAGCCAUUAGAGACAGGCCGUUUCACUGUGGAGGCGGUGGAAAAGAGGUAACUAAUAAAAAACAUGAAAAACUUGCAAUUAAUUUUGCUCUAAUUGCUCCGAUUGCUUCAUCUUUGUGAUAAUUUACGAACGUUGCAAUUUUCGUUACAGAAUUUUAUAAUGAGGCUAUCAACGGCAUUACAUGGCACAACUGAGGACAAAUUAAAGUGGAUGUUUCAUCUUUACGAUGUCGACGGUGAUGGAAAUAUUUCCAAACAAGAUUUAAAUAUCGUGGUAUCAGCUGUUCAUAACUUAAUUGGAACUUCAGGUCCUGGUGAUAACCACGCCAUUAACAACCAAGUUCUUCGGAUCUUCGAGGUCAGUUUUAGUCUUUACUUACGGCUUUUCUGCUAUAUGAUCUUUUUUGCACCAAUUUAUUGCACCCCAAAGAAAAGACUACUUAAUCAAUUGAGUGACAUUGAUCAAGUAGGCCAAAGUCUGUAUUUGACUUGCACGGUCUAAUUGAUUAAAACCCAGCUCAAACGUGAUUGGGUCGAACGCUUAAUAGUUGCGCAGUGCCGAUGGUUGCCACCCAUACAACUCACGUCUGAUCACGGAACAGAGCUCCAAGGUGGAAGAGUUAGAAUUUUUGGGGGGGGGGGGCGGAGUACCUGGAAAAACCAUGGAAGCAUAGGAGAAAACGAAACACGACACUUCUUCAAAAACAACACCACUUCAAAACAGCUGGGUCUGCAGCUAUCAAGUAACAAUUGCUUCCACUAGAAGGAGAGCAGUUAUCUUUUGCUCUGUUUAUGCAUGAAAUUGAGAACCCAAGAAACACUACCUCCUGUGCUGUAUCCAAAUUUAAUCAGCAAAAAAAAAAGUACACUAGUUUACUAUCAGCGCAGGAUUGGCAUAGAUUACAACCGGCAACUUACCAUCUGCUACCUUUAUUUUUAGAUUAUUGAUAAAAGUGACAAUGGUUAUGUAACGCAAGACGUAUUUAUUGGGAAUUGUGCAAAUGUAAGUAUCAUUUGUGAAAAGUAUAUAGCCAGAAUCGUGCAUUAUGAAAAUUUUCAAGAAUUGCAAGAAUCAUUGCACUCAUGAUUAAUUAUUUUGAUUUGCGUGUUUUUUUUUCAAGGAUGAAUGCAUCAGUCAAAGUCUCGCGAUGUUUGAUACCAGAAGAUAA